GAUAGUGUUGUUAAAAAUGGAUGAAUAUGUGAACGAGACUGUUCAUGGACUGUCGUAUUACCAUUCUGAUGAUGAGUUGGCUGCUGUAGUACUGUUCCCUGACUAUCCGGAGCCUCUGCUGCGCUUCGCGUCUGUUUGCUGUGUACUGUACAUGCUGAUCGGCAUCCCGGGGAACCUCAUCACUAUCGUGGCUCUCGCCAAAUGCAAAAAGGUUCGCAACGCUACAGCAAUAUUCAUCAUCAACUUGUCCCUCUCUGACCUUCUGUUCAGCUGCUUCAUUCUACCUCUGGCUGCUUCUACAUUCUGGAACAGAUCAUGGACCCACGGAAGGACACUGUGCCACAUGUUCCCAUUAGCAAGAUAUGCUUUGGUUGCUGUGUCGUUGUUCACCGUGCUUGCGAUUACAAUCAACAGAUAUGUCAUGAUUUCUCAUCCAAGGCUUUAUCCUACAUUAUACACGAAAAAAUACUUGUACUUGAUGAUAGCCAGCAUUUGGUUAUUCUCUUUCGGAGCACUCAUACCGACAAGUCUGGAGGUGUGGGGCCGGUUCAGUUUGGACCACAUCACCGGCUCGUGCACCAUUGUACCUGAUGAAAACGGAGCAACGCCCAAGAAACUUCUUUUCGCGAUAGCAUUUUUGCUACCCAGUUUGGCAAUCAUUCUGUGCUAUGCCCGAAUUCUAUGGAUAGUUCGUAAAACUGCAAAAAAAUCACGAAGUCGUCCUUCUAAGGAAAUGAAAUCCUUAAACAUGAGCACCACAACAAUAGAAACUGUCCAUUUAGAUAAAAGACGACCGUAUACCGCUCACUUUCCAAUGAACUGCUUCAUACAGACAGGUGCGGAGUUGUCAUCGUCUUGCGAAAGUUCUGUCCAAGAAGAUCCUGAAAAACAAGUCAGUACCCCUGAAAUUAAGGCCAGAACACUUGGCAAUGAGCCAAGGAACUUCCGUCAAAGUUUUGUGGCCACUAUGCGGUGGACAACAACGCCAAAGCCUCGUCUCCCGACGAAAAAGGAUAAAAAACUAUUGACCAUGAUUGUGGCAAUAAUGGUUUCUUUUUGUAUCUGCCACCUACCAAUCACGUUGGCAAAGACGAUUUUUUUGGAGUACACCUCUCAUCCAGUCGCGAACGUGGUCGGGUACGCCCUUAUUUACAUAACCACGUGUGUGAACCCUGUUAUAUACGUAGUGUUGUCCAGUGAAUACAGACAAGCAUACAAAAACCUUAUCAAAUGUGGACGGUGAACAUUUUGGAUGAUUCAAUUUAGAAUACUCAGAAUUGAUAGUAAAUAGCUGUCCAUGACCUGUUUAGUCAAAGUGAACUAAAUAGACAGAUUUUGUAUGGGCGAGGUAAAAGUGUGGUUUAUUUUUCAUGAAUGCAAUAUAUUGUUAUAUUAUUGGUUAUUUCACUAAAAAGUGUUACUUAUUGAUGUUCACAGAAAGAGUAAAAAUAUAUUAUAUUGCAUUAGUGAAAAUAUUGGCGUUCCAACAAUUGUUACAUUCCAAAUAAAACUAAUAUCGCUUUUAUCAAAAUACACCUUUCAGCUUUCUAAGUCAAUACGAAUCGAUUCUACUAUUACAUUAUUCAUAGUUUUAUGUGAUCUGUAUGUAAAUAUCUAAUAUUAAGCUUUAGCAAUAAUUUGUAGCAAAGAUCUAUAUAUACUAAGACUAGAAAGCAAUCAAAUUAUGGUAAUGAUGAAUGUUUGAAAUAUUAAAAUAUAAGUAUCUUUAACUGUGAAAAUAACAGUUACUUUUGCAAUUACUGAUUGAACCUAACUGUUUUUCGAGAGCAGUAAAACAUUAUUAAGACUAAGCUCAAUAAUAUAAUCGAUAUUUUUUCACUCUUAAAUGUAUACUACGACUUUCAAUCAAUACUUUUUGUGUACUCAUUAUUAUUUAUAUGGAACUGAAGCUUGUUACCUCUAUGUAGUUUUUACAACAUUUGGAACAUAUUACCGUAAAAUAACCGUUACAAAUACCCACUCAUGUAUCUAGCAUAAAAUUUGUGCGAUAAAUAAUAAUACUUAUAAGUAUUACGAUAUACCUAAGAGUUUUUUAUUAAGAAUAUUAUGGAAUAUAGUUUACGUUCUAAUUACGAAAAUUCGAAGGCCUCUUAAUUAAAGGUGACGAUUGUUUGUCGCGGCCAGUAAUGACGUGUUCGUACAUUAUUGCGGUGGAAAUUCUACGUAGUAUUCACAUACAAAACAUACUUAAUGAUGAACCGUAUUCCUUGAGAAUAGAAAUCAAAAUCGUAUACCGCAAUAUCGACGCGAUGGCGCACAAACCCGUCAUUUUUUGCGGUUGACAUAUAUGUGCUUUGUUCGCUGCUACAAAUAAUAGUCACCUACCUAUAAGGCGUUUCGUACUAGUGUACAAUAUCAAUGUGUGAUAUUAUUGUAAAUAAGGAGGAUGUCAAAGACAUUGAAAAAGUUUCGAUAACGAUUAAUAUUGAAUCGAUGACGGUGCUGUUACAUUCGAUUGAAGCUGUAUACAGAUUUGGACAAAGCAUGAAGUAAAUAAAGAAAUGGUAUUAAUCGUAACAUUGUUCUUAGAUUUACAACAAGUUUUCAUUAUUUGUAAACAUUUUGAUGGUUUAUUCUUAUUUAAUAUGGCAGCGGUUCGCUUCAACUUAUUAUUAGUUAAGUCAUCAACAAAGCUUGUAAAAUAUAAACGCAAUCGACAGCGCUUUGAUUCGAAAAUAUUAAUUAAACAAAUUAAAAGACGACCAUUCCAAAUGAUUGUCUGUUUUUGACGAGAUAUUGAAAUGUUACUAGUGUUUAGAAUUAAAUGUUUUUUAUGAUAGAAUUAUAUUAUAUAGUCGAGAUAAGUCGUAACCGAAGAUUUCCCAAAGAUAUGUUAUUGUAUUUAGGAAAUUUAUUUAGACAAUAGGCAUUAUCAGUGUAUUAAUUCGUUCUAAUAAAACACUAUCCAUUAAAAGAUUUUCCGAUAUAAAGACAAAUUCCUCGUUUUUUAAGGGUUUAUCCGGGCAAUAGAUGUAAAAAAGAAUCAAAUACAAAUCUGAUUAAUCUUUGGCAGCAAACAAAUUUGUAGAGUAAUGAGUUAUAAACUUUGACAUGGGUCUGAUAGGAUUAAUUUUGUUACGAUCUAAUAAGAACCAUAUAUACAAAUUGUAGACCACAGUUCGGACUUUGAGAAAUGCUUUUCAGAGGGUUAACUAUUGAUUUCAAAUUCAGAAUCACUUUGCUAUUCCAAUUUACAUUCAAGACAAAACCCUCUCAAUUUUCAUCAAAAGUGAUAAUUAAUGUGUAAACAUAAUAUUCAAAUGGAUAUUGAAUCUCAUAGCAAUUUAACAGAAGUCGGUCCUCCAAGCAACAAUCUACAACCUCACGUUUAAAUUCAAAAUCCUUAAAUUUGAAAUCCUGUAAAAGUUUUAAACCAACUGCCUGAAAUGAGGUAUGAAGUACCAGUCUACAGAAUCUUAAUAUCUCAGGUUUGACAUCUAAAUUGCAACUUAUAUUCAAAAAGUUCCAAUGGUAAUGAGCGGGGUUUAAAGAAACUGUACCAAUACUACCACUGUAUAUAGCAUUGAUUUAGUUUAUUGCACCAAAUUAUUUAAGUGUAAACUAUGUUUUAAUACCAAUAGAAUUAAUUAUGUUUAUUUAUUUUUUAAUUUAAGUUAAUGCACGAGAUGUUGCCAGAUCGCUGUUCUUGAAAAGCCUUAUAUCGCUUUCAUCUUGGACGUCUCGAAAAGGUUUUACUUGUUAACAGAGUCAAUAUUCUAAAUGCAAUUUGCAUAGCAAACAACAUAUUUCUUCAAGAAACUAGGAGAGUCCAUAAUGAAAAAGCAUAUAUAUACUCCUUGUAGUUAAAACUUGGCUUUGUUUAAAUACGUUGCUUUAGCCAAUAAGGUUACUCUAACCAUUAGCUACAAUACCAUUCAUUUGGCCUAAAGAUUGAUGUCGGUCAAUUGAGUUAUACAAUUGAUUGAAUCAAUUCUCAAUCGACACGCAAUCUGCAAGAUUGAUCUAAUAAUACUUAUGCAGGUCACGACAUCUAUUACCGGGACGACUCCAUGAAUUGCUUUCCGAAAUGGGAGUACUUAAAGAAAUUGUUAUGUCUGUAGGCGUACAUUUUAAUUGAAAACCCAAAUUAAAGGUGUUCCUUAUCAGAAAUAGAGUACUGUAGUUAAAACUAUUACUUUUCAUGACUUAAUAAUAAUGUGUAAAAUAUCCGAUGAUUGGAAAUUUGAUGCCAUUUUCUGUUGGUGGUCAUGUGACAGCUCGUGCAUUUAAGGAACUGUUAUUAAAUACUCUUUUGUAUGACAUGUAUAAGAACGUAAGUGGAACACCAAGACGUGUAGGUACCAAAGAACCAACGACCGGGGCCACAACCCUUAAGCCAUUGUACUUACCAAAGAUAUAAAUAAAAUAAAUUAUGAGACUACUGGA